GGUUGCAGAAGGGAACCGGUUGGAGGUACUUUCGUUUUCAACUGCCACGCAGAAAAAGGAGGGUUGCAACUGCCACGCAGCAACUGCCACACAGAAAAAGGAGGCGUUGCAGCUGCCACGCAGCAACUGCCACACAGAAGAAGGAGGGACUGCGACUGCCAUGCAGCAACUGCCACACAGAAAAAGGAGGGGUUGCAACUGCCACGCAGCAACUGCCACGCAGAAAAAGGAGGGGUUGCAACUGCCACGCAGCAACUGCCACGCAGAAAAAGGAGGGGUUGCAACUGCCACGCAGCAACUGCCACGCAGAAAAACGAGGGGUUGCAACUGCCACGCAGCAACUGCCACGCAGAAAAACGAGGGGUUGCAACUGCCACGCAGCAACUGCCACAUAGAAAAAGGAGGCGUUGCAGCUGCCAUGCAGCAACUGCCACGCAGAAGAAGAAGGGACUGCGACUGCCAUGCAGCAACUGCCACACAGAAAAAGGAGGGGUUGCAACUGCCACGCAGCAACUGCCACGCAGAAAAAAGGAGGGGUUGAAAAGGGAGUAGCCUCUGAUAUUCAGUCAGUACGAAUCGGCCUUAGGUUCCCUGCCUCAAGACCCUAUUCUCCUGCCUCACUUUAAGCUAAGGGUUAUUACAAAAGAGUCAGAAAGUUAAGACAAAAUACGCAAGUUUAUAAAGUAAAAAGAGUUACAGUGAGCUAAGUAUAACUUAUUGAAAACUUUUUUUACUUUAGUAUAGCCUAACUGUGUUUAUACAGUCUAUAGUAGUAUACAGUAACAUCCUAGACCUCCACAUUCCCUCACCACUCACUCACUCACUCACCGACUCACUCAGAGCAACAUCCAGCCCUGGAAGCUCCAUUCACAGAAGCUAUUGGAAGAGAUGCUCAAAGAAGAAAAAAUUACCAUAAUCCAAUAAAGACGAAGACCUGAGAUCCAGGAAGCAGAUGAUCUGAACUGCAGAGAAAGUUCAGGAAAGUUCCCUCAUUUAUAAUGAUGGGAAAUAACAGUAAAUUCUGUACAGCAGUCUUGGACAACAACCAAUCUAAACUGGCACAGUGCAGACGCAAUCAACAGAGAACAUAAUAUUGGUAGAAUGCCUGACGCUUUUGAUUGUAUUCACAGGAAACAUAAACAAUUGGAAGACAGUUUAUGAAUGAA